AUGCGUCACGACGGCUCCUCCGUCCCUCGCGGCGACAUGGAGUCAACAAUCACUCUCCUGGGCAGCGCUGAGUGGAAAGAGCACCAGGCGACGAAAGAGAGACAGCACAAUGCGAUUGGUGGCAACUCUGUGGAAAGCAGCGGAGGUUCUGCUGCAGAUGAUGGGACGAAGCGGCCGGCUGUUGGGACUCCGUUGGACGAGCUGCUGGUUGCGGCGCAGGCGGGGGAGGCUGACGACGUGGCGAAGGCGCUGGCGAAAUUGGAAGCGAGGUCGGAUGUUACAUGGAUCGCUGGGCGUGCCGCUUCUCUCGCGAACGCUUUCUCAGCGGCCUGCCGAAAUGGCCACGUAGGCAUUGCCGAGUCGCUGCUCAAAUCUGGAGCGUCCGUUGAUGCUGUGGACGGGGAGGGAGCGACGCCCCUGCUGGCCGCUGCUGACAGUGGCUUCGCCAACUGCGUCCAGCUCCUGCUAGAAGCUGGCGCUCAGCCUGAUGCCCGUGACAAAGCGUACAACGGGCAUGAGGAGGCUCUCUCAGCCCUCGUGCGCCACGGAGCUGCUGUGGAUGCACGGUCGCAUGGAGGCGUGACGCCCCUCAUUGCUGCCGCAGAGGGCCGCCACGCAUGCUGCAUCCACCUGCUCGUCCAGGCGGGGGCGGACGUGAAUGCACGCACGUCAGAGGGCAAGACAGCACUGAUGCACGCAGUGGGGCGCAACUCAGUGCCGGCAACAGAGGAGCUGCUGGCCGGAGGGGCAGAUGUCAGUGCUGUGGAUGGGGAGGGUUUGUCCGCCUUGCACCACGGCGCUCGCCUUGAUGCAUCUGACUGCGUUGAGCUGCUAUGUGCCAAGGGUGCGAGUAUGACUAAGAGGUGCAAGAAGGGUCGCACUGCUCUCAUGGACGCACCCAAGGGUUCCGCCUCUGCUGCCAUCCUGGAGGAGAAGUGGACGGCCUUGGAAGAGGAGGUGGCGAGGCGGCAACUGGAACUCCUCGAACUUUUCGCUGAUGAUGUUUCUGAUGCCGCCGCAUCCAAGCCAAACGCAGCCGCAUCAGCAGGGGGGAAAAGCGGCAAGGACAAGAAGAAGGCCGGGAAAGGCCGGAGCAGGAACCCUAAGGGGAUAGCCUCCCUGACCAGCAAACUGCAGGGGCUGGCAGAAGGGCCAGGCUCGGCGGCAGGCUUGGUGGCAGGCUCGGCAGCAGGUUCGGUGGGCUCUGCAGGUUUGGUGGGUGAUGUGCAGAAUCUGGUGGUGAAGACCCCAGAGUCGUCCAGCCGACCUAGUAUGUCCCCUGUGAGUUCGGUUAUGGACUUUGGUCAGACCACUGAUAGCUCUGGAAUGAGCACUGCGGAAGACGAGGAGGGGGAGGGGGAGGAUGGGGAGAGUGAGUAUGACACGCAGGAUAUUUUUGAGAUCAUGGCAGCUGCUAGCAAGAAGGGAUCUGGUGGGAGUGGGGAGAGGGUUGCUGGCGGGGUUGGUUCUGGUGCCGGUGUUACGGAUAAUAAUGAUGGGUUUAUUCCGGUGGGGAGCGGUGAGAAGGCGCCAAACAGAGUGAGUGAAGUGAGCGGGUGGCUGUCUGGGGGGAGCUACAGCAGGAAGGCUGGAGGCGAGGCAUCAGACACAGCAGCACAGCUUAAGAAGAGUGAAGGCCCUGCGAAUGCCUCUUAUGCUGCAAGGGCCGCACAGAAGAAGAGCCCUCCUGCUGCCCCGCCCAGCUUCACACAGCAGCAGCAGCAGUCAAAGAGCAAAACUUCCCUUCCCAAGUCAGUCAAAGCUCCAGUAUCUGCUGCCUCCCAGCCGCAGCAGCACCGGCAGCCACAGCAGGCACAGCAGAAGGCUUCUCCUCCAGCAGCAGCAGUAGCAGCAGCAGCAGCACCUGCACCAGCAGCAGCGCAUGCAGGAGCGUCGCCUUGGAUCCGCGCCCUUGUGGGGGGGCAGGCUUCUUCAGCUCCAUCUCCUACCGUCCCUUUGGCUGCAAAUCCAUCUCCCACCGUCCAUUCGGCCCCAACUCCAACUCCUGGCCCUGGCAGCAACCCUGCUUCGUCCACUGGCUCGCCUACUCCCAGUGUGGUGCACAGCGGUUCAAACGGAUGUGCAUGCAAGCAGAGCCAUCAGUGUGGGGAGAACACAGGCGAGCUUGCGAGGCGAAUUGCCGAGCUGGAAGCAGAGCUCAGAUCCUCCAGGGCUGCAGCAGAUGCGGCCAGGGCGGCUGCAGCAGCAGAGAGGGCGAGAGCAGCACAGCUGGAACAGCAGCUGAUUAGUGGACGUAAAGCCGCUGAGAUAAUAAGCGCUCGGGACAAAUCGCAGAUCCAGGUUCUGCAGCAAUCCCUCUGCUCCCAAUCCAUCUCACUCGCAGCAGCCACCGCAUCAGCAGAAGCCUCUCGCCGCGCCCUCGCCUCCUCCCACUCCGACUGGCACUCUCAGCUGCAACGUAUCCGCUGCCAGGCUGUAGCAGCUGCCGUCACUGCUGCUACAGCCAGCUGGCAGGCUUGGGAGAACUCCCAGUUCCGUCCGAACUUGGGCGUUGCUGCCUCUGGGGGUGGUUCUGCUGUGUCAGCAGCUGAGCGAUAG